UUACUACCAUUACGGGAUGUAAGCAGCCGAGAAGACGCAAAGUUCAGGAAGUUAUUUCAUCAAUUUUAAAGUACAUGUAGCAAUGAAAAAAUAGUGUUUGGACCAGUCAGUGUGACAACGGUGUUGGUUUUAUAAAAGUGGUUCAAGAAUAUAUGUUCAAUGGGACGUUAGUACUAAUCAUUGCAGCUAAUUCUACUGCGCUUUGGAGGUCUGACUUCGCAUCGAAACACGUUUUGGCAACAUCACCGACAUGACUAUUAGGAACUCAUUGUGAUCUGACAGCAAUAACUACGUUCCUUGGAAUGCAUUGACUAUUUUUGUAGAAGUUAAGCAUAAAUAGUUUAUCGAAGGCAAUCGAUUCUGAGGAAGCGAAAGACGUAGAAACAAUAUAUUUUGGGACACUACUACUACUACGCGGUACUAGUACUACGUACUCUGAUUAGACGUCAAUUUCCUGUAUCAACGUCUUGCUUGAUGGUGUGCCAUUCUUACCAGAUGUAGUCAACAUAGAAUUACACCACUGUACAUGUAGUGUCAAUAUCAAACAGUAAUACAAGGAAUGGAGCAUCUCUGAACAGAAUGAACACCCAUUAGUUGGAAAGCUUUAUGUUGCAGUGGAAGAUACCAGGCUGGUUUUUACCAAGAAAAGGAUUCCUUUUCAAAAUACAAAACAGUGGAUUUGUCAAAGUUGACAUGCCACAAAUGCAUACUACUUCCAGCUUUUCUUAGCAUUUGUGAAGUGCAGGCUUCUUGCCUGUGUGUGGUUUAGUUGUGUGCUUACCAGAAUUGUAAUUGAAAACAUGCUAUGAGGUGAACACUAACUGACAUCAAUUCAAGUUGUAUAUAGUAGCAUAGCCAUUCCUCCUUUGUUUGUAGAAACUAGAACAGUCUAACCAUAGUCAACAAGUUUAUUUUUGUAACUCUAUUCUGUAUAAAAUUGUAAAUACCAAUAUUUUCCUACUAAGUGCUGUGUGUAUGAGAGGCAUUGUUGGAUGCAAUCAUAUUGGACAAAAGUGAAACUGAAACAUUAGUAGGAGAAAUGUUAUGAUGUAAAAACAGGAAAUUCAUCAAAGCAAAUGGAACAACUUUUCUGCAACAAGUGUGAAUGUUGAUCUGCAAUGUUUCCAGAGAUUGUAUCCCACAGAUGAGUUGGAUACUGAAACUUGUGAGGAAAAGUGCUUUAUUAAGUGCAACUUGAAAACUGAAGUAUUUUGCUCUAUCUGAAAUGUUGAAAUGAUACAUUGAUAAAAAACGUCCUUUUGUGUCCUUGGGAUUUAGGAAAGAGACUCCUUUUUCCAGUUUGUUUUUUCCUUUUUGUGAAACGAAAGGAAUUGGUCAAGCUAAGAGGAAAGGCUUUCAAGGGCUGUGUGCCCAUUGGGCAUUUCUUCACUGAGACGGGUCAAGUUUAAACGGCUUUGGAAAGCUUAACAGCGUUAUGCGCCACUGAUGGCCAACAGUAAAGCUCCACAAGCGGAUUUUGCACCAGCAUGGCUCAAAAUUCCUAGUGAGAACUCUAAGCCAUCUGGUUCAAAGCAGGCUGAUCAGAGUGAAGACAAGUCAUCCAAGUCCAAUCGCCGCAAUGACUACUACUACAGUGGCUAUCCAGCAUACACCCCUGACUAUGGUUAUCUUCAGAGACAAAGAUCUUUUGAACAUUAUGAAAGUCCCAAGUAUGGCAGCAGUAAAUACCGUACUCACUCAGUAGAAGAUGACUACUAUGGACAGCCCUAUCAGAUGUACGACUUUUACAAUGGAUAUGGCUAUGACAAGUAUGGUGGCCAGUACAACUCACAGCCCAGUCUUCACAGACAGUCCCCCAAGGAGAACAAAUACCAACAUCCUCAUGCCUAUCCCUCUCAGAUGAGUUCAGGCUAUCCAAGCUACUAUGAGCCCUACUCCUAUGAUGUCUAUGCCUUGGGUGACCCUUAUUUCUACAGCUAUGCAAGACCUCCUUCUCGACGUAGUCACCAAGAGCGUGGUGGAGACAAAGACUACAAGACCAACAAAAAUGCAGGACUGAAGGAGUUGAGUAAAGAGAAAGAGGGGAAAUCUGAAGAGAAAGACAAGGAAGAGCCCAAUGAAGAAGAGCCUAAAGAUUUUAAUGAAGAAUUCCCAUUGCUCAAUGGGGAUGGUAGUGAGCAGUCAGUCAGCAGCAAGUCUGACAAAGCAGCAGGCAAAGGUGGAGUGUGGGACAAGUCGAAUCCAAAGAUCCACACAAAACCAAGCUAUGUACCAAGAGCAGAAAGCAAACCUGCCCAGACUGAGAUGGUCUCUAGUAAGGAACUGGUGAAUAAAGUACAAGGAGCAAACAUCUAUAAAGCUUUAGUUCCCAGCAAGCCUAUUGCCAGAAGAGCUAGCAAGGAAAGUUUGAAACUGAAUGGCUCCUUUAAUGUGAAAGAAGUACCUAACAACAAACCUGCCACACCCACAACCACCAUACCACCUGUUGUGAUGGGGAAGAAUAACAACAUCAGCAAACUGCCUGGUGGGAAAGAGGGCACACCAGCACGCCAGUCUCCCACUACUCCUAUAGAAAUUCUCAACACUCGGCUUGUCACCCAGCCUAAGGUACUGGGCCACAAGAAGAGUGACUUCCUCAAGACUCUCAAACAGGAGUCACAGAAUGAAGAUGAGGAGAACGGGAACUUGAGAAAGGGAGAAAAGUAUGACACAGAAGGAAGCCAAGAGACCAGCAAUGAGAGAGAGCUUACAGAUAAGAUAAAGAAGCAAAAUUUGAAAAGAGAUGCUUUUUUGUCAAGUUCACUGGAAGCUGAACAGAGAUAAAGCAGAAACCUAAUGGGAUACACAAAACAAUACCAAGUCAGUGGGCUGACAAGAAGCUCCAGCUAUUCAACAACACAGCCCAGCUGUUGAAGGAGGAAGCUCUGAGCAGCAGUGAUGACAGUGAAAGUGAAAGUGAUUAACCUCUCAAAGUGCAGAUAGUAAACGUGAUCAGGUGGAGAAAUAGAGACUCUGUAAGGCCUGAUUAGUUUGCCAGGAGCAGAAUGUAAUAGUAGACCUGGAACAGAUUGAGAAGUCUAUUCAUGAUCUUCCAUGGAGCUUGUGCUUUCCAGGACUGGACGAUAAAACAAUGUCACAUACACCUUAUCUGAUGUUUUUUCUAUACACGUCAGUUGUGGACAUUAAAUUUAACACAAAUGUCUCAUGUUUGGUGAUAGUACCAUAAAAGGUACCAGUGCCAGUCUCAGCAGCAGCAAUCUUUCAAGACUGUGGGCAUUGGGAAUAAAAAGCAACCAGCUCUAGCCUGAAAAGUAGCUCAUUUUAUAUACGUCUGUUGAUUUUUGUGAAAGCAGAAAUGAAUUUUCGAUGUCGACGGCCUGUGUAUAACUGGUGCCAAUUAGACCUAAGGGCCUAUAUACUAACAGGAUAACAAGAUAAACAUGGCGGCUUCAAGGGAAUCUUGAAUUAGCCAAAAGAGAGAAAACUGGCAGUAUUGAAGCUCAAUCUGAAAGUGGCUCACAUUUAAGUUAGACUAUUCACUAUAUAGGGUUAGGUGUUUUAUGCCUAUGGUCAUUUUAUUUAUUUAUUUACUUUUUUGUCUGUUUGUAUUAAUUUGGCUUUCACUUUCAGAGGUACCGUGUUGCAUUUUCAUUGUAAUCAGUUAAGGCAGAAAUGGGUUUUCAAAAGUUAAUUUUUUUUUUUUUUUUUUUGACUUAGACAUUUGAUUUUGUAAAUUAGAUCAAGAAAUCAAUAGUAAUGGCUACUGACAUCCGGCAGGGAACAAAGUGUAAUUGUUGCCACUGUAAUCUGUUUUACCACUGAAUUAAUAGUUUGUCUUCCUUGCUCUUUCAUUUCAGUAUAGUAAUGAAACACGGUCUGCAAAUUGUUUCUGCCAGUGACCAAUUCAUUGUUCUUUUUAUUAUUUUAGUGGCAAAUUUCUAUCAAGAUGCUAUUCUGACAGUCAUUAUUAUUAUCAUUUGCUUCUAAGAAGAUUGUUUAGCUUCUUUUACAUUAAAUAUGUAUCAGCAAUCCUGUCCAGAAUGUCUAUUAAUUUUCGUCGUUAGCCCUUGACUCGUGAACAUUUCA